UGUUUGUUCCGCGGGGGGACCCGGAACAGAAAGCGGGGCGGACCAUUUCCGGUCUAAGCGGCGUGAGACUCUGGGGACAGGGAAGGACAGUCCUUUAGAUCCGCGGGGUAUGAGUGGCCUCCCCCUGCUCCGUGCUGUGUGGCGAAGUGCAGUGAUAGGAGUUCGUGCUUCCAAGCUAAAUGGCCUCAUCUCCUGCAGUGGGCUGCAAUGCACUUUACUCAGACCAGAUCUCCCAUGUCGAGCCGUUCACAUUACACCAAAUGCUUCCAAUGUAAAAAGCCCAGCUCAGCCUGUGGAGGAAGAACGGAGUCCUUUUACCAAACUGAUCGAAGCCAUGGGAUUCACAGGGCCUCUGAAGUACAGCAAAUGGAAAAUUAAGAUUGCUGGCCUGCGCAUGUACACGUGUUGUGUGGAGAGGAUUGAUUAUGAUGACUUGUUUGAAAGAUGCAAUUUGUCAGACACACUGAACUCCUGGUUCCUAGUCGCCCAGCUUCAUGUCUGGAUGGCCCUGGUACGAAUGAAGCAGGAAGGGCGAGAGGGAAAGUAUAUGUGCAAGUACAUUGUGCAUUCGAUGUGGGAGGACUUGGAGCAACGGGGUAAAGUAAUGGGGAUCGAAUCUGUUGUGCUCAAGGAGAACAUGAGAGUUAUGACGGAAACCUUCUAUGCCGCUAUUUUUGGAUAUGAUGAGGGAAUUUUAUCAGAUGACCAUGUGUUAGCUGCAUCUUUAUGGCGACACUUCUUCAACAGGCAGUGCGAGGACCCGGGACAGCUGGAGAUGAUGGUGGAAUAUGUCCGCAAGCAGAUUCAGUACCUGGACUCGCUCAAUGGAGAGGACCUGCUGCUGACAGGAGAGAUCAAAUGGAGACCCCUGCUGGAGGACAACCCACAGAGCAUUGUGAAGCCCAUAGCCCCAGCGUACAAUGACGAGGGGCUCUGAGCAAAGAGCAGUUGUCUAGAUCUGCAGCAGUUGGGGCACAGAAGUGCUUGAUGACAAUCGUACAUUUGAACAGGAUAACUCAAACCCUCAUACAUCUGUGUUAAAAGCGUCGUCUUUAUUCUUGAGUCUUUUUGUUUCCUCGCUCCAUACCCUCGCUGUCACAUUCUGUAAGGAACCCUGUCUUUGAGCUCCAUUGGCCCUGGUGGAAGUAUUCUCACAGCCUGUCAAUUUCAAGUGAACCUACAUAAAGGGUGACACCAAAUUAGUUUUGGUUCCUUGUCUUGAAGAAGGAUGUGGGCUCAUUUCUGUGUUUUCUGUCAGGUUAACUGAAGGGAUCUUCCAUGUAGGCUUUGGGUGAUGCUUGCAGUAUUAUGAAGACAUUUGGCCAACACACAAGCUCUAGGCAUCAUGGCAGUCAGGCUUCAGAGACGGGAUACCUCAGAGUUUCUGAAGACAGUCGUUUGUAGGUAAACCCAAAUGAAAUUGCCCUUGCUGUUAAACUUUUUCCAUAAAAUUGAACAACCAAUCACGUUUUCCCCAAUGGGUUUUUAUUAAAUGUAAUGGGUCCAAGGUUCAAAUGUAUUGUAGAAAUGUGUGCGUGAAAACAUAACUUGAGGUGGACCCUGCUGGCAUGCGCCAAGAGGCUGCGAUAUACAGAAUGAAGCACUGGUACAACAUACUCAUGGGAUUGUCCCAUAGUUUGCGAUUCUUCCUUGCACACCUACGGAACAAAGUCAAAAGUUGGGUGGGAACAAAACCACAAUGUUUCAACAAGAAUCAAACAGUCUCAGCAGUAUUUUAUUUCUAAUACUGUGCCCUCUGAUGUGUUUUUAAUUUGUGGUACAGUGACUACAAGAUCCUCGUUAUAAUGACUACUGAGAUGACACUGUAAGCAACAGUAAUCCAGCAUUAACACUCCUUCCCUGAUAUCAGAGUGAAUACAUUUCAAAAGUACUCAUUGGUUGUAAAGCACAUUAGGGGCAUUCUGAGAUCAUGAAAAAUCGAUAGAAAUACAUUCUCUGGGCACAAUGGGCAGCCAGUGCCAUUAAGCAAAGGAACUAAAUACACAUUUGGAAACUACAUGAAACUAACCUCAAGCUUCAUAUUAUAAUUUAAUCAAGUGUUCCAGUCUGUAGAUUUUUCAGGCCUUGCCCUUGACAGGGUUCACAGUGCCCAAACACCUUUGUGUGCUUUACUGCAGUUUAACUGCUGUCUCUUGGUUGUUCAUCCUUAUUUCAUCCUUGUGAAAUGUCCUUUUUAUUCUUGCAGUUUCGCAGCGUUUAACAAUACUUUAUCGAUUUUCAAUUCAUAGAAAUGGAAAAGUAACUCUCCAUGAACUAAGAGUACAGGGUGCAUUACCUCUUAUGAAACUGAACCCAGAAGAUGCGAAGGGUACAGGUUCUACCUCUGAUGUGUGCUGAGUCAGUCUGUUGGCUAUCUUCCUAUAUAUUUAAAAAGGUAUAUAUAUAUGCAUAGAUUCCUCUAUCAAAUGCUUUAAAACAGUUUAGUCAGGAAGAUUGCAGUUCCUGGAUUUCAUUACAAUUUGAAAUUCUGUAAUAUUGCUGUUUUAAAUUAUGAGUUUACUGUUUCCACUUCUGAAUUUAUGUUGCAGUUUGAACCAUACCCUGUGCUAAUUAAAGUUGUAAACCUGCA